UUCCCUUGCAGGCCCAGCUGUGAGGACGCUCGGGGCCAGCAUGGCCGAUCCCAGCGAAGGCCCCCGCGCGGGGCCUGGCGAGGUGGCCGAUUGCCCCGGGGAUGAGAGUGGCACCGCCGGUGGGGAGGCCUUCCCCCUCUCUUCGCUGGCCAACCUGUUUGAAGGGGAGGAGGGGUCCCCCUUGCCCUCACCGCCCGAUGCUGCUCGCCCGGUUGCUGCCGCCGCUGCGGGCACAGGCGAUGGGCGACCAAACCUGCGCAUGAAGUUUCAGGGCGCCUUCCGCAAGGGGGUGCCCAACCCCAUUGACCUGCUGGAGUCCACCCUGUACGAGUCCUCGGUGGUGCCCGGGCCCAAGAAAGCGCCCAUGGAUUCGCUCUUUGACUACGGCACCUACCGCCACCACCCCAGUGACAACAAGCGGUGGAGGAGGAAGGUCUUAGAGAAGCAGCCGCAGAGCCCCAAGGCUCCUGCGCCCCAGCCGCCCCCCAUCCUCAAAGUCUUCAACCGGCCCAUCCUCUUCGACAUCGUGUCCCGGGGCUCCACUGUCGACCUGGAUGGGCUGCUCCCCUACUUGCUGACCCACAAGAAGCGCCUGACUGACGAGGAGUUCCGGGAGCCUUCCACGGGGAAGACCUGCCUGCCCACCUUGCUGGACAUCGCCGAGCGCACCGGCAACAUGCGCGAGUUCAUCAACUCGCCCUUCCGGGACAUCUACUACCGAGGCCAGACCGCCCUGCACAUCGCCAUCGAGCGCCGCUGCAAGCACUACGUGGAGCUCCUGGUGGCCCAGGGGGCCGACGUCCACGCCCAGGCGCGGGGGCGCUUCUUCCAGCCCAAGGACGAGGGGGGCUACUUCUACUUUGGUGAGCUGCCCCUGUCGCUGGCUGCCUGCACCAACCAGCCCCACAUCGUCAACUACCUGACAGAGAACCCCCACAAGAAGGCAGACAUGCGGCGGCAGGACUCCCGUGGCAACACCGUGCUGCACGCGCUGGUGGCCAUCGCCGACAACACCCGGGAGAACACCAAGUUCGUCACCAAGAUGUACGACCUCCUGCUGCUCAAGUGUGCCCGCCUCUUCCCCGACAGCAACCUGGAGGCCGUGCUCAACAACGACGGCCUCUCGCCCCUCAUGAUGGCUGCCAAGACGGGCAAGAUCGGGAUCUUUCAGCACAUCAUCCGGCGGGAGGUGACGGAUGAGGACACCAGACACCUGUCCCGCAAGUUCAAGGACUGGGCCUACGGGCCCGUGUAUUCCUCGCUCUACGACCUGUCCUCCCUGGACACGUGUGGGGAAGAGGCCUCGGUGCUGGAGAUCCUGGUGUACAACAGCAAGAUCGAGGUGGGCGCUGGCGGGGGACCGCGGGCUGUGGCUGAGAGCAGGGCGCUCCAGAUCAAAGACUUGUUCAUGAAGAAAUGCCCUGGAGUGAAUUCUCUCUUCAUUGAUGGCUCCUUCCAGCUGCUCUACUUCAUCUACUCCGUGCUGGUGAUUGUCUCAGCGGCCCUCUACCUGGCAGGGAUCGAGGCGUACCUGGCGGUCAUGGUCUUCGCCUUGGUCCUGGGCUGGAUGAACGCCCUUUACUUCACGCGUGGGCUGAAGCUCACAGGGACUUACAGCAUCAUGAUCCAGAAGAUCCUCUUCAAAGACCUGUUCCGCUUCCUGCUGGUCUACUUGCUCUUCAUGAUCGGCUACGCGUCAGCCUCGUGCCGCGACAGCGACACCUUUAGCACCUUCCUGCUGGACCUGUUCAAGCUGACCAUCGGCAUGGGCGACCUGGAGAUGCUGAGCAGCACCAAGUACCCCGCCGUGUUCAUCGUGCUGCUGGUCACCUACAUCAUCCUCACCUUCGUGCUGCUGCUCAACAUGCUCAUCGCCCUCAUGGGGGAGACGGUGGGCCAGGUCUCCAAGGAGAGCAAGCACAGCUGGGAGCUGCAGUGGGCCACCACCAUCCUGGACAUCGAGCGCUCCUUCCCUCCCUUCCUGCGGAAGGCCUUCCGCUCCGGCGAGAUGGUGACCGUGGGCAAGAGCUCGGACGGCACCCCUGACCGCCNGUGGCCCCGCAGGGUGGACGAGGUGAACUGGUCUCACUGGAACCAGAACUUGGGCAUCAUUAACGAGGACCCGGGCAAGAACGAGAGCUACCAGUACUACGGCUUCUCCCACACCAUGGGCCGCCUCCGGAGGGAUCGCUGGUCCUCCGUGGUGCCGCGCGUGGUGGAACUGAACAAAAACUCGAACCCAGACGAGGUGGUGGUGCCUCUGGACCACAUGGGGAACUCCAGCUGCGACGGCCACCAGCAGAGCUACCCCCCUAAAUGGAGGACUGAGGACGCCCCCCUCUAGGGGCUGCAGGCAGAGGCAUGGUUUCCAGCCUGCAGCCACUGCCUUCCCCUCCACCCACCAUGUCCAGUCCACCUGCAUUUCAGCCACAUGUCCUGUUGACCCAGAGGUGAGGGCCAGGCAGAUGCCAGGUUGGCCCUAGGACCCUCUGGCCCCAGGCUCUUGCCCCAGCUCCCCCCUCCCCCCCCCAGGCACAGGGCACCUGGCCGCCUGUCUCACUCCCAUGGAGUCACAUAAGCCAAAGCCGGGCCUCCUGCCCACAGGGGCUCCCCAGCCCCUCAUUAUUUAUUAGUUCUGCUCUCAGGAAAACAGCAUGACACCCCGCCCCCGCCCCCCAAUGGAACCUGGCAGAGGCCUCAGGACCCUGUUCCGGGUCCCAGGUGCACUGCGGGCCCAGCACCCACCCCAUCCUGCAUCCUGGGCUGCACACAGCACAGGAAGCUGCAGUGAGGGGCCUUGCGGGGCGGG